AGAAAUGGGUGUGGUCCCUCUGUCUUCUUCAGCUCUGCUUCCAGUGCUGCUGCGAUUUUGCUGCUCGCUUGGUGCCUUUGGAGUUUAAUGGUCUAUCCAGAUGAUUUCAAGACUUGUGUGCUCGUCUGAUGUUUAAUCGUCCGAUCAACGAUUUUGAGACGCUUAUGACAAUACUAUCAGCAACUCCUCCUUUAUGGAUCCCCGAAGAUGACCUGUUGUUGAAGAACGCCGUUGAAGCUGGUGCUUCUUUGGAAGCACUUGCUAAAGGGGCAGUUCAAUUCUCCCGCAAGUUUUCCGUUCAAGAGUUGCAAGAGCGAUGGCAUUCCCUUCUUUAUGAUCCUGACAUUUCAGCUGAAGCUUCUGCUCGAAUGUUUGAGUUAGAACUUUCAGCUUCUAGCAUUACACCAAAGUUAAGUUCAUCUGGAAGUUCUAGUAGAAAUAUGGAAGUUCCUUCAAAAAGGAAAUUCGAAAGCAUACGUAGUCUGUACCAUGCUAUGAGGAAGAAAACUUGCAGUCAACCUUCUAAUUUACAUGGUCUUAAUGUUCUUGGUUCAUCAGUCGCUAAUGCCUGCCUUGGUUAUGGAAGUGGUUUUCAGGAGCGUUUGCAACCUCAUAAUGAUAGUGCGAUUGGAGAUGUUAUUCAUAACCAAUUUGGUCUUAAGGAUAUUGGGGUUGAUAUCUUGUGUGAUCCAACCCAAGAUCCUACUUUGGAAAGAAGUGCAAGGAUUGAAUUCUCUCGUACAGUUUCAUCCUUAUCGGAUAAAGAAAUGAUUAUGCAUGGCACAUUUGAACACACUAAUGAACAUGGAGAUUCUACUCAUGUUCUUGAGAAAAGUUUAGUCCAAUUUGGGAAUGGCUCAGGUAUUGAGAUAAUUGGGCCCUCUGGUCCAAUGCCAGAUGGUAUGGGAUAUUCAUCCCCACAACCUGGCUUGCCUCUCUGGAAAUCAGUUGAGGACAUUUCUGCACCUAUAAUGCCAGGUGACAUGAUUGGUGAAAACGUAGGUCCGCGUGUGGAAGAGAAAAUGAUCAAUCCUGAUAAUAUGGGUGGAGCGAAAAUAAAUCCAUCUGAGUAUGACUCCCAUCAGGAAGUAGUCUUGCAGUGCGGACAUAAUGGAGAACUAAGUAGUCUGAAUGCUCUCUCUGAAACUGAUCUUGCAGAUAUCUCAAAUUCUCUUUUAAAUUUUACAAAUGAUGAUGAGCUCACUUGCCUUGAAUCUGAUGGGAAAGAGACAAUAGAUAAUUCUUCUUAUGUUAGCCUUGAUUCACUUUUGGUGACUUCAAAUAAUGUUCAUGAAGAUGAUGGGCAAAACAUUAAAGACAUUCAGGCAUCAGUUUCAGAAACCUGCCUUGCUCAUUCCAAUGAUGCAUUUCCUGCAGAGCUGAAUGUUGUUAUUGAUCAACAGUCAAUGUUGAGGCCUAAGCUCAUUUGUUCUCUAAAACUCCCAGUUUCAAGAUAUCAAAAUGAAGAUACCAAGAGGACAAUCAUAAGAUUGGAGCAGAGUGCUCGAUCUUCUAUGCAAAGAGCGAUUGCAUCUCAAGGUGCACUUGCUGUGUUAUACGGCCGCCAUUCGAAGCAUUACAUUAAGAAGAGCGAGGUCAUUCUAGGCAGAGCAACUAAUGACUUUGAUGUUGAUAUUGACUUGGGAAAAGAAGGCCGGCCCAACAGAAUAUCUCGUCGACAGGCCAUAAUAAAAAUGGAUGACGAGGGGUCCUUCUUUUUGAAGAAUCUCAGCAAGAUUUUAGUUUGCAUUAAUGGCAAAGAUGUUAGUAACGGAGAAAUCACCCCUCUUACCAACAACUGUUUGAUAGAGAUAAGGGGAAUGGGAUUUGUGUUUGAAGUGGACCAGAAAUCCGUGAGGCGUUAUCUGGAAAAGGAUAAACAAGCAAGGAACAACAACUUUGAGUGGUCACAACCAGAGAGAUGAGAGUCCUAUGUAUAAAGGAAAAAAGAAGAUUUUCGUUUAAUUUGCCAUUACCAAUGCCAAGCAUCAGAUGCGGCUGCAUUAUAUAAUAAUAUAUACGAACUACAGAAUCCAUACAAAUGGUAUAGUUGGAGAUAGAUUACACUUUAGUUAUAUGCAGAUAACAUUUGAUCCCUCCGCAAUUUAAAAGCAUUAAGGUAGAGACAAGUUAGUAGGCUGUUUGAGUUUUCUGAGUAAUCUUGGGUCGGGAAUGACCAGUUAUUUCUUUAGUUAGCCUUAAUUCUGAAAGAGUCAAACCAAAA